UUGAUUCAGUCACUCACUCACACCGUCUCCGGGGCUCUCACGUCGGCUUUGUGAAGUGGAAGACAGAGGCAGAGCGGAGGACGGAGGAGAAGCCGUAAACACGAGGGGUUUUUACCAGGAAACCAAACGCGGAUUUUACCCCACUGAGCUCCGAGCUGAAAACCACCACUUAAGGAGGGGUCAGCAAGGGACCGAGCGUGAGGAAUACAUGAAGGGCGGGGUGGGGGAGGGGGCAGCGACCUUAACAGCAGCAGCAGCCGCACCGCAGAGGUCAAAGUUCACACAGAACGCCACUGUGAUUGAUGAGGAUUAAGAAGCAGAUUUUGCCUAAUAGGAAACACAGGAACGUCAUCCCCUGAGUAAAGAACUUUAAUGGCGUUCCGGUAGAGACAUCAAGAUGAACACGUUACCGUCAAUGGACCGGCACAUCCAGCAGACCAAUGACAGGCUGCUGUGCAUCAAACAGCACUUACAAAACCCGGCCAACUUCCACUCAGCGGCAACAGAACUGCUAGACUGGUGUGGAGAUCCCCGGGCCUUCCAGCGACCUUUCGAACAAAGCCUCAUGGGAUGUCUGACGGUGGUGAGUCGCGUUGCUGCUCAGCAGGGCUUUGACCUGGACCUGGGCUACCGGUUGCUGGCUGUGUGUGCGGCUAACCGAGACAAAUUCACACCCAAGUCAGCAGCCCUGCUGUCGUCGUGGUGCGAGGAGCUGGGUCGUCUCCUCCUGCUGCGUCACCAGAAGAACAGGCAGAACGAACCGCAGGGGAAAGUUCCCAUGCAGCCCAGCAUGAACAGCAUGAAGCCCAGCCUUACACACAGUGAUGGAUCUUUUCCCUACGACUCCGUACCCUGGCAACAGAACGCCAACCAGCCCCCCGGGUCCCUGUCUGUGGUUACAACAGUGUGGGGUGUCACCAAUACUACACAGAGUCAGGUGCUGGGGAACCCAAUGGCUAACAGCAACAAUCCCAUGAAUCCAGGGGGUAACCCUAUGGCGUCGGGUAUGUCCGCCAGCGGAGCAGGACUCAACUCUCCUCAGUUCAGUGCUCAGCAGCAGCAGUUUCCAAACAAAGGAGGCUCCAACCAACCGUACAUGCAGCAGGGCAUGUACGGCAGGCCCGGCUACCCAGGAGGCCCUGGGGGAUAUAGUGGGAGUUAUUCUGGAGGUCCAAACACUGCUCCAGGAGGUAUGGGAAUGACGUCCCACACACGACCUCCUGGUGACUUCACUCAACCGGCCGCUGCCGCCGCAGCUGCUGCUGUCGCCGCCGCCGCCGCUACAGCAACAGCCACAGCGACCGCCACCGUGGCAGCGCUGCAGGAGACCCAGAAUAAAGAUAUGAAUCAGUAUGGACAGAUGUGUUCUUCGUUCCAAAUGGGCCCCACUCAAGCCUACAACAGCCAAUUCAUGAACCAGCCAGGCCCUAGAGCCCCCCCUGGAGGCAUGAAUCCAGCCAGCAUGGGAUCAGGCAUGACCAAUCCCAACAUGAGUGGGCCUCCGAUGGGCAUGAACCAGGCUCGAACGCCGGGCAUGGGGCCUUUUGGAGCGCACGGCCAAAGAAUGCCUCAGCAGGGGUAUCCUGGAGGACCUCGACAGGGCAUGCCCAUGCAGGGGAUGAAGAGGCCGUAUCCAGGGGAUGGGAGUUAUGGCGGUCAGCAGUAUGGGCCUAACAGUCAGUUCCCACCUCAGCAGGGACAGUACCCUCCAUCCAACACCUCUAGGCCCCUGCCGUCUCCUAACUACCCCGGUCAGAGGAUGCCAGGGCAGCAGGGCCAGGGCCAGUACCCCCCUGGUGUUCCAAUGGGCCAGUACUACAAGCCUGAGCCCUUUAACGGUCAGAACACAAAUUUCUCUGGAGGUGGAUACUCUUAUGGCCAAGGCACUGGGCCUCCCAGGCCUGGUAACUACCCCCACUCCCCCGUCCCUGGUAACCCCACGCCCCCGAUGACUCCAGGAAGCAGUAUACCUCCAUACCUGUCGCCAAACCAGGAUGUCAAGCCCCCAUUCCCACCUGACAUGAAACCAAAUAUGACAGCGCUUCCGCCCCCUCCAAGUAACCCUAAUGAGGAGCUGCGACUGACAUUCCCAGUCAGGGAUGGAGUGGUGUUGGAGCCAUUCCGCCUGGAGCACAACCUGGCUGUCAGUAACCACGUCUUCCACCUUCGACCCUCCGUCCAUCAGACCCUCAUGUGGAGGUCAGACUUGGAGCUGCAGUUUAAGUGCUACCACCACGAGGACAGACAGAUGAACACCAACUGGCCCGCCUCGGUGCAGGUCAGCGUCAACGCCACGCCGCUCACCAUCGAGAGGGGGGACAACAAAACCUCCCACAAACCCCUGCACCUCAAACACGUCUGCCAACCUGGGAGAAACACCAUCCAGAUUACUGUCACUGCCUGCUGUUGUUCCCACCUGUUCGUGCUGCAGCUGGUCCACAGGCCAUCUGUGCGAUCCGUCCUCCAGGGGCUCCUGAAGAAGAGGCUCCUGCCUGCAGAGCACUGCAUCACCAAAAUUAAGAGGAAUUUCAGCAGCGUAGCAGCGUCGGCAGGCAACACAACUCUGAAUGGGGAGGACGGCGUGGAGCAGACAGCGAUCAAAGUGUCAUUGAAAUGUCCCAUUACCUUCAGACGCAUCCAGCUACCAGCACGAGGGCAUGACUGCAAACAUGUCCAGUGUUUCGAUCUGGAGUCAUACCUACAGCUUAACUGUGAGAGGGGGACAUGGCGAUGUCCUGUAUGCAAUAAAACAGCAUUAUUAGAAGGUCUGGAGGUGGACCAGUAUAUGUGGGGAAUCCUUAAUGCCAUUCAGAAUUCAGAGUUCGAGGAGGUCACUAUCGACCCCACGUGUAGCUGGAGACCGGUUCCCAUUAAGUCUGAGUUACACAUCAAAGAAGACCCCGAUGGACCACUGGCCAAGCGCUUCAAGACCAUGAGCCCCAGUCAGAUGACUAUGCCCAAUGUGAUGGAGAUGAUCGCCCAGCUAGGACCAGGACCGGGUCCCGGCCAUGGCCCCGGACCAGGACCCAGCCCGUACCCGCCUCACCCUGGUCAACAUGGCAGCGGCAAUGGGGGCGAGUACCCAGGAGCAGGCAACAGUUACCAUGGACAGGGGAACUUCGACUUCCCCCACGGUAAUCCAUCCGGUGGUGUAGGAGGAGGGGGAGGAGGGCCCCCUUUGAACGACUUCAUGCACGGCCCCCAGCUCUCCCACCCCCCAGAUGCACCCGGUGGUCUUCUACCCCAGGACAAGCCCCUCAGCCACAGCAUGAACGACGCUAUAUCCCAUCCCGAUCAGUCCCAUAAUUCCAUGCAGCAGAGCUUGCAUGCAUCUCCUCACCCCGGUAGCCAAACAGGGCCGCCUUUGCAUCACAGUGGCCAAUCAGGGCCGCCCUUGCAUCACAGUGGCCAAUCAUCGCAGCCGCCUCGCCAGUCGCAGCCUCAGCAGCAGCAGCCUCAGCAGCCUGGGCAGAACAGUCACCCCCACAGCGAUCUGAACUUUAACCCCUCCUCAGAUGGCCAGAUGGGUCAGGGAGCCCAGGAUAUGCCUGAACCCUCCCUGGAUCUGCUACCAGAACUGGCCAACCCUGAUGAGUUGCUGUCGUACCUGGACCCCCCGGACCUCCCCACCAACAGCAACGACGACCUCCUGUCGCUCUUCGAGAACAACUAGCCUUCCCUUCGCCGGGAGCCGCAACGUGUUUGACUGUCCGUCCACAGACACUUCAGCAACGUCCGAUCGACACUUCAAGCAGCUUCCUACGCUCGCACACGCACACACACCUGACACUCGGAAACACCACAGACCACGUGUGACGUAGGAAAAAAACAACAACAAAGAGGAACUCGGAGAGACAAGAAGGCAGGAGGAGCCACUCAUACCCACACUCCCUUUUUUCUACCCAUGUAAAGAUUCAACACACCAGUUUCACGCCUCGGACACUCCGACACACCAUCAACAGCCAUUUUGGCGGCACUAAAGCGAUAUUAUAUAUACAUAUAUGAUAUUUGUGACUUUUCAACUCAAAACUGUGCAGCUAUAAUCAUGUGUACACAACAUGGAGGAGACGGGGGGCCUUUGUGGGCUCCAGGUUAAGUGUUGUAGCUUAUAUAUACAUACAUAUACAUAUAUAUGUAUAUAUAUAUAUAUAUAUAUAUAUAAUUUUUUUUUUUAUUUUAUUUUCCUUUUGUGAAAAAAAGACAAGAUUUUUUGAGGGAAAAGAAACAUGGUCUUGUUCGAGUGUAUCUAAUUUGAAAUGUGUUCUUCCAAAAUAUUUGAAACUUUGGCACAUGCCAUGACCUUUGACCCCUUACUUCCUAGUGUGUCUCUGUGUGUGAGUCUGUGUGUAUGUGUGCGUGUGCGUGUGUGUGUGUGUGCGCAUUUCCAGUGGGUUUUCUCAUCAUAGACUGAAACUGGAACAACCUCAUCAGAAUCAGAGCACUGAACAAACGAGCUAUAAGCGUCACCACAGUAAAACCAUCCAGCAUUGGGUAAUGGCGUCUGUGUGUGUGUGUGUGUGUGGGCGUGUGGGCGUGUGUGUGUGUGUUAAGUUUGUGUUUACAUGUUCUUUUUUGUUCUGCCUGAAAUGACAGAUAUUAUGAAAGAGGAAGAAAGGAAGACAAACAUCAUCCACCUUAAGAAGUCUCAUUGUUUGGUGUUUUUUUAAUCCCAGCUGGUUCGCAGUAGCUGUAUUUAUUGUUACCGUUUCGCUUUUCUUCAUCUGUUUAUCACCGUUUCGUUCUCAUGUGCAUGUGUGCCAACGGCUCCUGAUGUCUUUGUCCAGCCUAAAUGUGCUUGAUCAAAUUUAACUGACUCAUAUUUAUUAUUUUAAUGCAAAUCCAACUGUCCUGUUUUUUUGUUUGUUUUUUUUUACUCUCGUCCUUCAUUUUGUGUUUUCUCUGUCUGUCCAGCUGAUCAGAUACUCAUCACCAAAGCUGUCCUAUGCGUUUUAUAAGGAGUUGGACCUAAAUAUUCAGUUGUUAAAACUGGAUUACAAACAUCCUACAGACAAGUUUUAAAAAUCACUGUAUUUUAUAAAAAUGUCUGUGUGAUUGUAUCGAUGUUUCCUUAUCUUCUUUUUUUUUUGUUUUGUUUUGUUACUAUUGAACUGCGUCCUUUUUGGGGAAAAGAAGAAAAAAAACAUUGUGCAUGAUCCAACAGUGUUUCCAGAGCUGUUGUAUAUACCCUAUGUGAAUACUUUGUGACUGUACAGUACUGUACCUUUCUAUUACUGGCAACUACAUGGUACUGUAUGUCUGUCGAGGACUACACACACACACACACAUACACACACACACACACACACACUCACAAACACAGUGAAUCCCAGAGAAACAGUCCACUAGUGUAAAUGAAUUGAUCCAAAUGCGCUCUCACUGGACUCCUAUUGUUUACAUGUGUAUCAGUGUAUGUUUUUUUUCCCUGUUUACCCUGUGACGACACAUCCGCGGUAACCGAUAUUUGAGUGAAUCGGUGCGUCAGUUAGAAGUCCGUCAGUUUUAUAUGAAAACAGUCAGCUUUAUGUGAUUGAAAGAUUGUUAAAGCAGCUUUGAGCUCAGAAUUUCUCCAAAAAUGACAUGUUUGAUAUUAUUGGAACAAACGACCACCCUUGUCCGCUAAAAAGUGAGAAUGUGCAAAACUUUUCCUCGUCAUUGUUUUGAGGCCUGAUAUGAGCUUUUUUCUAACCACACUCUGCAAAAAAGAUGUGAGCAUUAUUUUAUUUUUAUCGUGUUUUAUAUUACUUUGAGUUUUAAGUUAUUAUUUUGUUCUGUGUUUUUAUGAGGAGUAUAAUUUGGUUUACACAAUUUUAUGCAGUACAGUAAAUGGAUUUGGAACAUACUGUAUGUUGUACACUAACUGUCCCCUGUUAAAGGAUAAUAGUCCAUAUGAAGAACGAGGCUUUCACAGUCGUCUUCAUUGAUCAAAUCGCCUGCGUAUAAACACAGCUGAAGGAUCUGAUGUUGUUUCUGUUUGUUUCUGUGUUUGUUCAAGACAAUGCACUGCUGCAUUGGGAUGUUUUAUUUCCCCACACAGUGUGUAACUGUAACUGUAACCUUUCACAAAACCACAUCUAGGAAACUGAACAAUGCUUGGAUGUUCAGGGCAUCCUGCCCCGUCACAGAUUGUAUUGUCUGAUUGCAGACGUUGGAAAAUUAAGUCGAGAAAAUGAAAGAGAACGCAAUUAAUGUAGUCAAAUGUAACAGAGGGAGGACUUCUCCUGUUCACAUUACAAGCAGAGGUUGUUGCAGAGGGUAGGGGGUGGUCUGGGGGGUUUAUGGGAUAUGUGUACAUAAUGUAAAUGACAAAUAGAGACACGUUAACAGAAAUGUAUUCAUUUUCUCCAGGAGGAGUGUGCAUAGUGUAUUUAGAAUUUGUAAAGCUUGCAUCCUCCUGUCAGACAUUGAAUUGGGAAAAUGAGUCUGUGUUUGAUUGCGUCUGUGCAGACCUCUCUAACCACACCUGUUCAUGUAUGUAAAAUACUUUAUGUACCCCUCCACGCAGGGUUUCCGAGAAAAAAAAAGACAUUUUCUUUCCUUUGUGUAAUAUUAAACUUCUGUGUUUUUCUCUAUUACCUGUGUACUUUAUAAAGGUGCUACAAAAUUAUCGAACCCUUUUGAGGUGUAAUUGGGACUUGGAGACGCCGAGCCUGGGGAGGCUGCAAAGGGUUGUUUCCAAAUUUACAGUUUGUAAAAAAAAAUUUUGUCAAAUUUAUAAUUUUUAUGCAAUUUGGCAAAAUAUGCUAUAAAGGUACAAUCUGAAAUGAUUGGCACGACAGGUGGCAGUUGUCUCUUUGGUUUUGUACAUUCUAUGUACAAUCAUUUCAUAUUCUAAACUGGUCAGAAAAACAUUGUGAUUUUUAGUGUUGCAAAUCUGUAUGUAGUUAGAUGAUGUGACAUCCUAAUAUUUAUCUAAUAAAUAUGUAUUCAGAUGAAACACA